GCCGACGCGCUGAGGGGGCGGGGUGAAAGGUCACAGCGGGGCGGCGGGUCUGGCUGGCGGCAGCUGCGGGCGGGAGCUGAGUGUCCGGAGUGCACGUGUGGAGGAGCGACGGCGGCAGCAGCGCGGCGGCGGCAGAUCUCCCCGCGUCUUCUAGAGCUUCAGGGCCUGGCUUGGCUUUCGCGGCCUCGUCGUCCCCUCAGCCAAGAGGCCGGCGUGUGAGGUUGAGUGGCCUGAGCUUAGGGCGCGGAGAGCUCGGGGCGACGAGGACGACGGCGUUGGUGGCGGCUGUAACGACGGCCUCAGCAGACGGAGAAGAUGAAAGGUAGCCGGAUCGAGCUGGGAGAUGUGACACCCCACAAUAUUAAACAGUUGAAGAGAUUGAACCAGGUCAUCUUUCCAGUCAGCUAUAAUGAUAAAUUCUACAAGGAUGUACUAGAGGUUGGUGAGCUAGCAAAACUUGCGUAUUUCAAUGAUAUAGCUGUAGGUGCAGUGUGCUGCAGGGUGGAUCAUUCACAGAAUCAAAAGAGACUUUACAUCAUGACACUAGGAUGCCUUGCACCUUACCGAAGACUAGGAAUAGGAACUAAAAUGUUAAAUCAUGUCCUAAACAUCUGUGAGAAAGAUGGCACUUUUGACAACAUCUAUCUGCAUGUCCAGAUCAGCAAUGAGUCAGCGAUUGACUUCUACAGGAAGUUUGGCUUUGAGAUUAUCGAGACUAAGAAGAACUACUAUAAGAGGAUAGAGCCCGCAGACGCGCAUGUGCUUCAGAAAAGCCUCAGAGUCCCAUCCGGUCAGAGUGCAGAGACACAAAAGACAGACAACUGAACACAUCUCAAAUGAACUCUCUUGCACUUGCUUGUCGCCAAAUAAAAGAAAGACAGACCCACUGGUUCCCUUCCCCCUUUCUUCAGCUUUCCUCCUUUGUUACUCCUUUUUUCUUUCCUCUUACAGUUUUUAAUUCUUUCAUGGACUCUUAAAAAUGAUCAUGUUUG